ACUCACUACGGUUUAGCCAAGUCGGCCUGGCGCUUCCCGUCAAAUCGCUCAGUGUGCGAGGGGUUCAACGAUGCAGCCCGCGAGAAUGAAUGCGGUCGACAACAGCGCGGGACCACGAAGACACAGCUUUGGUAAAGACUGGCCGAUUCACUACUACAGGUGAUGGACACGCAGCCGGAAAGGCUGUGGAUGUUUGACUGAACGGUGCAACGGGCGAAAAUGCCCGUUUGGGACGGUUUAUUGGACAACAUGGCGAAAUUAUCACUUGUGUUUCCCCGAUGGCGCCGACUGCGGCUGUGUAUAUGCGUGUCCAUCCUUUCUGUCAUUGGUUUCCUGGUGUCCAUGAGUUCUAAACCCAAGGAUGACCCCUGCACCAACAGAGAUUGUCCUAUCAGAGAAUUCGGAGACACGGGCAAAACUAUAUUAUGGUAUUUUGUCCCGAGGUAUGUACUGGACAGUCCCGAACGGGUUCCACUGAGAAGGUGUCCUGAACUCGGAUGCUAUGUUACGACCAAUAGGCGAUAUCUCCCCCAUGCCCACGCGGUUCUUUUGUCCGCACAACAAAUAUUAGGGAACGACCAGCCAGUUCGAUACCGUGAUCAGGUCUGGGUGUACCAUAACAAUGAACCAAUGUACCUGUUUUAUGAGAACCUAAUUGAAGAGUUUCGGCGACCGCAAUGGAGGUCAGCAUUCAACUGGACAAUGGAUUUCCGGCAUGAUUCCGAUCUUCAAAGACCCUAUUCACAGCUAAGAACUCGCAGUUCUACGGUGAAUCGGGAUUAUUCCACAAUUGUGCAGAAGAAAACAAAGCUCGUUGCUUGGGCGGUUAGCAAUUGCAUUGACGUAUCAGGACGUUUAUCCUACGCGCAUGAACUUCAGAAAUAUAUUCCAGUGGAUAUCUACGGUCGCUGUGGCAGUGGAGCAUUCUCUAGGUCGACUCCGGAGGAGUGGAACGACUACCUGAAUAGCACGUAUAAGUUCUAUCUUUCUUUCGAGAGCUCCUUUUGUAAGGACUACAUCAGCGAGAAGUUCUUCAACAACUACAACCUUGACCUUGUGACUGUUGCCCGAGGGGGAGGCAACUACACCCGUGACGUUCCUCGCGGCACCUACAUCAACACUGCCGACUUCAAAUCUCCCAAAGAGCUGGCAGACCAUCUCCUGUACCUCCACAACAACCACGACAAGUACAUCGAGAUCCUGAAGAGGAAACAAAGAUACUACUAUACAACGGAAGCCUACUAUUUUACAACCCAAACUGACAUUUUACAUCCAUUUUCGGAACGUUAUGUGGAACACUAUUAUGAAGAGGAACCUAUGUGUCAAUUGUGUUCAAGACUCCAUAAUCUGUCUGGUUAUUCUAAAACCAUUCCAGACAUUGUGCCUUGGAUUAAGUUGAGCAAAUGCUCUUCCGCAGGAGAUUUGCCUGUAACGUAUUUUUUAUAUGUGCUUAGUUUUGUUUUAACGUUAACUAUUAUGACUGGUAUACGUUAACUGUUAUACAUAUUCUAAAUGUAUUUAUUUUUUAAUCAUCGCUAUGUGGCUGCGAUAUUGCCAAUCCGAUGUAAAACUUUAACUCACUCACUGUGUUUAAGUAUUGAAGGGGCAGGAUAAAGGUAUGUGGGGAAUUCUAUACCAUCCCUAUGGCCAAGGUUCUGUUCACAUAUUGGCAUCAAGUGUUUAUGUGUACAUCGAACAUCACGCCUAAUGUUCUAAGACGACCAAAUGAUAGCGCAUUAAGGACAAGACUUCAUCACAGAAACUCGCUGAAAAAAUAUGUGUAAAUAGUCUCGGUCACAGUAAGGGACCGACAAUUUGAUAUUCUGGGGAUGGGGGUGGGGUUGCUGAUGGGAUUUUCUAUCGAGAUUAAAUGUUAUUUUAGCUACAGCAUCAAAUCAAGAUAUUUUUAAUUGACUAUUGUUAGCCUAAAUUUUGUUAAAAACAUCCUCCUAUAAUAUCAUUUUGUGGCAGGCAAUUUCUUUUUUUAACAGUCUCUAGCAUGGCUAUCUUUUUAAAGGAUCUACGGUACAAAAUGUUUUCGAUAGCAUCCCAGCCACCACGCAUAUAUUUUUCUACCUACCACCUCCACGUUGUAGUGGAUAGAACUGCCCGAGAGCGGAAGGUCGGCGGUUCGAUCCCCGGCCGCGUCAUACUAAAAGACGUUAAAAGAAAGUGCUUUUUGUUACCCUGGCUGGCGCUCGGCAUUAGGAGGAUAAAACAAUUACUAGCUCGGUGUCAAUAUAAUGUCUAAGUGGGCUAUCCGUGUUAAACUGCGGCAUCGUAACUUAGUUGACUUGCACUGUUAACCGGCAAACGUCAUGGCGCGUUUCACCACAACUCACCAUUGUGCUUUUUACUAUUGUCCGAUUUGCUCCAUUGUGCCUUGUUUUUUUGCCGCACUCAGCAAGAGUCCAGCUGUUUGAUGGUAGUCUGUAAAUAUUCGAGUCUGGAGCAGACAAUCUAGUGAUUGACAUCACGAGGUGUAUGACGUCAUUAUUUGUAUGUAGCUGCACGUUGGAAAAUAAGGAAAAUACGUACACAGAUAUUUUCCAAAUCUUUUCACGCUUUUGAUCAAGGGGCUCGCGUGAUUUGAUGAACUUCGCGAAGGAAGACCCGUUUUAUUACAAUAUAGAUCCGUAUUAUCGAUCAAAUCGUCCUCUCAGAGUGACGCCAUGUUAUAUGAAGCAAAUGCAAAUGAUAUGAGAUUGGCCAAUAGGAGGGAGAUAGAAGGGACAUAACCCGUAAUAGCCACUGGUAGCUCUAGGAUCGAGGCCAGAAAGUCCAGCCUUGUUCGGCAAGGGUGGAAACUGGGCAGUGAGUACUAUGCCUCGGAAUCUGGCACCAGCUGGUAGAUGCUCUAUUUUUAUAUGUUUGUUUGUUGUUUAACGCCGCACUCAACAAUAGUCCAGCUAUAUAACGGCGGUCAGUAAAUAAUCGAGUCUGGGCCAGACGAUCCAGUGAUUGAUAUCAUGGGCAUCGGUCUACGCAAUUGGGAUACGCAUCAACCUAGACAGCGAGCCUGAUCAACCGAUCCCGUUAGUCGCCGUUACGACAAGCAUGGUUUGCUGAAGACCAAUUCUAACGCGGAUCUUAAUGGGUCAGUUGCUCUAGUCACUGCAUUCUGAUACUGAGUGUACAUUCCCUUUGCAUGGAUUUUACAUGUCAUAUACACCACACGAAAGGACAGUGUUUCCCAAAUUUAUGUAUGUUAGGAAAUGAACGUGUCAUAAGAGGUCCAUAUCACCAACGUUUGAAAUGUACGUAUCAUUUGGCCGCUAAAUUUGCAUUCAUUACGCAGGUCAUGACAUUCGUGACCAACUCGUGUUAUUCCGGGACAAGCCAAUAGCGACUCGUGCCGCUCUCAUGGACAUUUUUGCGACCGGGUUCCGUAUUUGAAUCCGAACUGAAUAUUUUUAGCCACUGAAACUAGCGUCCAGGUGGUUUAUUGUGUAGUAAUUUAUGACUGAGUUCAAAUUGUUUCAUUACCAGUAGAGCCUUAUCAUCUUCCUAUUCCUAGAAGAUGUCUAAUUGUGACAACGUGGUAAAAGUGUUUAAUCUUAUCGAUAACUUGAAUAAGCAUUUUGACGCCUAAAUAUGUACAAAAAUACAAUAUUCAGAUAAUUAAGUGUAUUUAAUAUCUAAUUUUGUUUGGGUUUGGCGAUAUUGUCAAAUAAGAAAGUGUGAUUGAUCACUUACUGACUUAAAUGGUUUCAUUACGAUCGACAUUUCUUUUCUGACAUACUUCAUUUUAUUGCACUGAUUAAAUUUCCCAAACACCCAAGAAUGCGUUUGAUAUGACGAUUGUUAGAUUAGAAGAUGUUCUGUAGCCGUACUUGCGCUGUGUUGACGCGCGGAAGGGACGGGUCAAAUAAACAUUGACGCUAUUAUGUUCCACAAGUCUUUGAAAGGCAUUUAGAAGUGAUACACAUAAAGAAGAGAAUUUUUGGAUGACAACUUCUUGAUUAUGAGGAACUUAACGUUUCGGAGUAUAUGCUUACUCCUUCAUCAGGUGAAUGAUGAAGGAGUAAGUAUAUACUCCGAAACGUUGUGUUCCUCGUAAUAAAGAAGUUGACAUCCAUUAAUUCUCUACCCUUAUAUAUUACACAGUUUUCAUAAACAUGUCUAUGUUUAAAACAGUGAGAUCCUGACAUGUGCCAUAUAAAGCAUAUCGUGUUUAGUUAAAACAUACAAAGUCUCUGUUCCUUUUGGGACUUAAAAUAUAAAUCUUAAACACCUGUUUUACACAUUAACACCGUUUUACAGUGUAUAAAUUUGGUAAUUAUAUUUGCUUAUUAUUAUGAUGGUGGUUAAAUAUUGAUAUGAGAAGAAAUCUUAUUGAUUCUAUAGAAUAUUUAAUAUUUAUAUUCUGUACAUUUUGUAGUGCUAUAGAUGAUAUUAACAUUGUCUAACGAGAUGAGACCAAUGAAAUAUAAAGAAUAGUUAACACCUAACACUUCUUUGUU